GUCCAGGAUUCGGGUAGACCCCGAAUAAAUGAAAUUUCCCUUCUCCUGCUUUCUUCUUCGCGUGCGGCGGCCGGGGCGAUUUUGACCAGGAGAGAGGCCGCGUGCUCCCCUCGCUUCCCCUCCUCCUGCGUCCAUCCUCUCGACGGCGGCCGGGGGCAGAUUCUCGAGUGGGCUUCUCUUCUUCUUGUUCGCCGCCGGGAGAGAGACGGACUGCGCAGCCAUGGAUUUCCCACUGGAUCCGGUUAGCAGACUGCCCAUAUACGAUGUGUACCCGGCUGAGGCAGCACUGGGGAGUUUGCAAGGCAGGGAUUGCGUCAGUAGCAACACGGGCCCGACGGCGGCGGCGGGUGUGACCGUGCUGGGGACCUCCUGGAGGGGACGAGUGUGGGCGAUCUUGCAAGCGGACUGGAUGGCGCGGAUGGCCCUGUCACCUGUGCCUGCAGAUUCCGCGGAGUCAACCGGACACGGCAAUCCUCAGUCGCCUGGCUGGACGAAGAGGGUCCGUGUCGGGCGUGCACCACCAGAUAAAACUCACUGCGUGGAGCGGCAAAGUGCAUUGGAGAAAUGUGUCAGAUGUUUCGCAGAAAAACUGGGAGGCAAAGUCAUUGAUCCCUGCCUGGGUACAACUAUUGACUCGAUAGGCGAGGCAUAAGAUUUCUACAAUCUUUAUUCCUGGGAACAUGGAUUUGGGAUCAGGUACGGAAAGAGCCAGUUAAAUAAUUUGGAGAAGACGAAAUGCAUGCAGGAUAUAGUCUGUGGCUGCUCGGUGAGUACCUAUGUCGACCACUGUGAAUUUGAUGUUUUUUUUUUCUCUGUUAGAAAAAUCCGUGAUGUACAUUUGACUAUUUGUAUCCUGCUAUAGGGGAAGCCAACAGGUGAAAUAUACUAGGUCUUUUCGUUUUGAAUGCCCUACGAUUUUUCACCUGUUGAGAUCUGCAGACAACGGUUGGUAUAUCACUGAACAUCGGGUGACUCACAACCAUGUGCUGAGAAAGACGUGCGGUGAGACAGCAUUCUGGCGUUUCCAAAAUGAUCCAGAAAGGCCUGCGCUUCUAUUUUUAGGAAAAGGUAUGAAUCAUGGGGGAGGCUAAUUUACUGAUUGUGCAACAGAAUCGCAAUAUGCCUAUCUAUGCGCCGUAUCCAGCCGAGUGCUGAAUCUGCAAGGGGAGGACUCGGUCAGCAGCAACGCUGGUCUGGUGGCGGCAGGUGUGGCCGUGCUUGGGAACCUGGUGGACAGGAAUGGUGUGGGCAAUGGAGUUGCAUGGCUGGCCUGGAGGUACCAUUGGCCGCUGAUUCCGCGGAAUCAACUCGGCAGGACAAUCAACAAACGCCCGGUUCUGAAUAAUUGUGUAGUUGUGUGGACCAUGUUCUGAAAUGUCAGGACAAUCCGCGUCCUAAUAUUUCCUUUUUGUGUGUCCGGAUGUAUCAUCGAAUCUGUGGGGAUGUGAGGGAAUGAUUUAGGUUUGAAAUAGUUUGGAUUCCUUAGCAAUAAUGAAAAAGGUGUCUGGGUUCCGUUACAGUUGACGAAGAACAUUAUGUGUGUCCACUCCUGUGAACACAGUAAUAAUGAAAAUGCUAGCUCGCAACUAGGUGUGAAUGUAAAUUGUUUCGAUGAAACUUUUGUUUAUUUUGUAAGAUCAAAAAAAUGGAAAAUGUGAGCUACUGAAUUAAGGAUGAAUUAGUUUGUUUUGUG